AUGGCCUUCGCUAUGGCAACCUCGAUAGAAGGUCCAUCCGAUCCCACUGAUAACGACAAAGCUCGUAUAUUUCAAUUUGUUAAUGCCCAGUUGAACUCUCAGAUUCUCUACGUGCUUUUAUACGCUGCCAUCUCGAAGGUGCAUUCAUACUUAAUCUUUGACUCCCUUGUCGCAUACCAAACAUCUUCUGUAGGGACUUGCACCCACGAUGCUCGUUGGCAGGGUGGUGGCGGGUCAUACGCCCCGAAGAUGACUGUGAUGAAAGAGACCAACAUGCUAAGCACCGACCUAAGCACCGACCUUGAAAUGGACAUUGAGGCUCAACCGGAGCGGCGGGGCGAAUUGAUGACUUGGCGUUCAUCGAACGAUUCAUCACUAGUCAAUGCCCUACAAGCAGGAAGGACAAGUGGUAGUUGCGAUCGUAAAACGAAGACCGUGAACUUCAUGUCUCCAACCGAGGCGCCAACUGGUCAAUACGAGUCUCAGCAUUUAAUCGAUGCGGCAUUUCAAGGAUAUUUCGUUCUUCAGAAUUUGGGAUCCUGCUUCAAUUCGACGCAAUCUUCUGCCGAUAUACAUUUCGGAUGA